GGGUCCUCGCCGACCGCCGGGCCGGGAUCGGGCGCAGUGUCUCCCGCAGCUGGGAUCCUAAUAAAGUUGCACUGAGCGGAAACCGGCCCGCGCCCGGCAAGAGCGCACGGAACACCGGCGGGGACACCCUCAGCCGCUCCCCUCCCCCCUCCCGCCUCACUCGGCUUCUGUCUAUUGGUGUCUUAUCCCUGCUGCCCACCCCCAAACUUUGGGAUACACCUGAUGCAAGAAAUGCUGAAUCUUCCUGAAGAUAAAUCAGUGUUUUCCCAUUAUUGGUUAAGUGGUUCUUCUGUAGAAAGAUAGUACAUUGUUUAUCACCUGUGAUAAUCUCUUCAAAUAUACAUUGACAUUUAGUAGUAAGAAAGUUUCUUGAAGAUUCAUAUCAAAUGACGUCAAUGGCCAGUUUGUUCUCUUUUACUAGCCCAGCUGUAAAGCGAUUAUUGGGCUGGAAACAAGGUGAUGAAGAGGAAAAAUGGGCAGAAAAAGCAGUUGAUGCUUUGGUAAAAAAAUUAAAAAAGAAAAAAGGUGCUAUGGAAGAACUAGAAAAAGCACUGAGUAGCCCUGGACAGCCCAGCAAGUGUGUUACUAUUCCUAGAUCUUUAGAUGGAAGACUGCAGGUUUCUCACAGAAAAGGCCUCCCCCAUGUUAUUUACUGCCGAGUCUGGCGUUGGCCCGAUUUACAGAGUCAUCAUGAACUGAAGCCAUUGGAUAUUUGUGAAUUUCCCUUUGGAUCUAAGCAAAAGGAAGUUUGUAUCAAUCCAUACCACUAUAAGAGAGUGGAAAGUCCAGUCUUACCUCCAGUAUUAGUGCCUCGACAUAGUGAAUUCAAUCCACAACACAGCCUUCUGGUUCAGUUCAGGAAUCUAAGCCACAAUGAACCACAUAUGCCACAGAAUGCUACAUUUCCAGAUUCUUUCCCACAGCCCAACAACACUCCUUUCCCCUUAUCACCAAAUAGCCCUUAUCCUCCUUCUCCCGCCAGUAGCACAUACCCCAACUCUCCUGCCAGUUCUGGACCAGGAAGUCCAUUUCAACUUCCAGCUGAUACUCCCCCUCCUGCUUAUAUGCCUCCUGAUGAUCAGAUGGGUCAAGAUAAUUCUCAGUCUAUGGAUACAAGCAAUAAUAUGAUUCCUCAAAUUAUGCCAAAUAUAUCCAAUAGAGAUGUCCAACCUGUUGCUUAUGAAGAGCCCAAGCACUGGUGUUCAAUUGUUUAUUAUGAAUUAAACAAUCGAGUUGGAGAAGCUUUUCAUGCCUCUUCGACAAGUGUUUUAGUUGAUGGAUUUACAGAUCCUUCCAACAACAAAAGUAGAUUCUGCUUAGGGCUGUUGUCAAAUGUUAAUCGUAAUUCAACGAUUGAAAACACUAGGCGGCAUAUUGGAAAAGGGGUUCACCUUUAUUAUGUUGGAGGGGAAGUCUAUGCUGAGUGCCUGAGUGACAGCAGCAUAUUUGUACAGAGUAGAAAUUGCAACUUUCAUCAUGGCUUCCAUCCUACCACUGUCUGUAAGAUUCCUAGUGGCUGCAGCCUAAAAAUUUUUAACAAUCAAGAGUUUGCUCAGCUUUUGGCACAGUCUGUCAACCACGGAUUUGAGGCAGUCUAUGAACUCACUAAAAUGUGUACAAUUCGAAUGAGUUUUGUCAAGGGCUGGGGAGCUGAAUAUCACCGGCAAGAUGUUACCAGUACUCCAUGCUGGAUUGAAAUUCAUCUUCAUGGACCUCUACAAUGGCUGGAUAAAGUACUUACUCAGAUGGGCUCCCCUCUUAAUCCCAUAUCUUCUGUUUCAUAGUUCUGAAGUCUUAUCUUCAGUUACUAUAUUAGUGACCUUCUUUUAAUUUUAGAGAAACCUUCAGUAUGGAUACUGUGAGCUUACAUGGAGAACAGAUAUUACAGCUUACUUUUUUCUACCUACUUGUGACCAAUACAUUUGUAUUUUGUAAUGGAUUUCUGUUUUUAUUCAUGGUUGUGUUAUAAAAGUGGUAGUUGAAGUCUCAAAUAGAUGGCCUGAAAGAUGCAGAGCAAGUAUUGUGACCCUUCAUAUAUAUAAAGUUAAUUACUUGAUUUCGCAUUUAUCUUAAACUGGAAAAUGCGUUUACUUCAAUGUCACACCAAUUUUUAAAUGAACAAAAAAUAUCUCAGUGUGAGAACUUCAGAGGACAUGUGUUUCUUUUUUAAAAAAAAAAUUAUUAAAGAGUGUUUUAGUUAAAGAAAUGCUAUUCACUGUUCUAGCUUUCAGAUAGUAGUAAAGCAAAACUGUACUUUUAUAGAUGAAACAUCAUAAAAUUUACAUUUACUUCCUCUAAAUAUUUGCCUUACACAAUAAUGUGACUUCAAUGUAUAUUUUGAAAUACGCUUAAAAAAUUUUUACAGACAAGUGGUAUCAGAUAUGUGACAAUAUUCUAGUUCUGUCAUGAACACUACUGUAUAUAGCUGGAUGACAGGUCACAGGUUUGGUCCACUUUGAUUAUGUUGCCUUUAGCCACCAUUGUAAGGAUUGUAAUUUAGUUAAGAAUAACCUUUUUAUUUUGCACUUUUAUGGGUGAAUAUUUUUAGUGUAGCCUUUGACAAAGCGCCCAAACAACUUGGAUGUAGUUGUUAAUCAUUAGCUUGUUUGCUACCCCUUCUUGUUUCUUAAUAUAAACGCUUCAAUUUGUAAAUGACAGCACAUACUUAAGUUGCAAGAAGGUUUUUUCUUCUAGUUUUUGUUUUAUUUUCAACCAAAAUUGUGAGAUUUUUGUUUCCUAGCUUUAACUUGAGAUGCCUUUUCACCCACAAUUGUAAUUGAUGGCAUUAAUUUUUUUUUCAAUUUAAUGUUUUGUUUUUCCCUAAUUACAUGUAAAAAGUUUUCAACAUUAGUUUUUAAAAUUGAGUUCCAAAUUCUCUUCCUUCUUCCCCAACCCCUCAUUGAGAAGGCAAGCAAUUUGAUAUAGGUUAUACCUGUGUAGUCAUAGCAUUAGUGUUAAGAGCCUGAUUUCAGCCCCGAGAAUGAUUCAGGUCAGGCCUUUUCUCAGAAACAUGUACCUUAGGGCAAGUAAGCAGUCGUUUCAUGUCCCAUAAAUAAGAAAAGUGAAUCUCCAGUGGUUUCCAAGGUUCUUCUUUUUUGAAGAGUUUAUGCAUUAAAGAAUACAAAUUGUACUGUUAGCAGUUGUGCAAUAGCUCUUCUAAUUCACUUAAUUCACUGCCUGGAUAAAUGGCAGUUUAGCACCCCCAAAUACAGUUUUUGAGGAGGGAUUAAAACUUUAAACCUUCAGUGUUGAUUAACCAAGCUUCUUGUGAGCUGCUCUGAUUUUCAGGUUAAAAGAAUAGUCACCUUCUCAUGGGUGGAAUAACUGGGGAAAGGAAAGGAUGCUUUUGAAGCAACAUGUUUAGUUACCUAUCCUCAGAAACUUUGUUGUUGAAUGCCUUUACAAAAGUAUAUGAAAAUUGACAUUGUAUAGUUAGGAAGGAUGCAGGUAUACUAUUUUGGGGUUUUAAAAUAGUGCAUUUACUUGAUUUCAUAAUUUACUGAUCUUAAAAAAGAAAUGUGCCUUUUUGAUGGAGAAUGUGAUUCCUUUUGGCAUCUAUACAAAUAUUUAUUUGCUUUUUGUGAAAUAGAAUUUGUAGAUAGAUGAUGUUUGUAAUUUGGUUGAAAUAAGAAACCACACAAAUUUGCAUGUUACCCUAGAGAUGAACCCUUGGCUAAAUGAAAGGAAUGCUUAACAGUCAUACCUGAGUCCUACAUGUAAAUAUUAUUUGAUAUCUGGAUCCUGAGUCUUCUAAAUUCAGUAAAUAAUGUGUUUUUUGACUCUGCUUAGGAAAUAGUCCUAGCUUUUUUUUUUUUCAUUGUACUCUUAGAGAACCAACUUGAGAAAACUUUGGUAAGUAGAAGUCAAUAAAGCUUAGUUAAUAACAGAAAAGAGCCAGUGGAUCAUUUUCAUGAUGAUGUAAAUGCUUUUUACAGUUUUAAUAUCAGAUUAGGGGAGACAUUGAGUUUUGGUGGUUUGAAUAAAUAGAUGUUUGAACUGAUUAAAAGUUAAUCAGGGGGUAAUUUAACUUUUCACAGACUUCAAUGCUGGAUAUUAAUACCCUUCUGAAUUUGAAUUUAGUUUACAUAUGGCCCAGGAACCCCUUUGCUUCUUUCUUCCACCCCCAAGGAAAAUUUUAAAUGGUUAUAUAGAUAGCAAGCAUCAUAUGUAUAUUGCAACCCAGGAUAUUAAAACUUUGAUUACUUGGCCAGCUUGAAUUUCCUCUUUUCGAGCUGAGAUAAAAUGCUAUCUCUUUGGUAGGAAUGUAGUUGAGUAUUGUCACCAUAAUUAUCAGUUAAUUGAAUUUGGAGGAUCACAGUUUUAAAAUCAGAAAUGGUCCAUGAUAGAUGGGAAUGGUUUAUCUAUGCGAGACAAAUUUUCCUGGUAUUACAGCAACUUUUUUCUUUGAGUGCAAAUUUCUCUCCUGUUAAUCUAGAGAUUUUUUUUUAGGUGAAUAUAGAUAGGGCAUAGGGCUACAAUCUUUUUAUCACCAGGUAAGAGAACUUUGAAAAAGUUUUAGCAUCUAAGGUACUGUUUCUCUCCUCUUCAGCUCCAGCUCUGGGGUACCAUUUGAUCCUCUCGAUGUCACUGUUCGCUACAUGCUUCUCUCUACUGCCAAAACCCAGUAGCUCACCAGAAUGAGUUAUAUGAAUUGAGCUGCUAUUGAUAAGACAAUUAAUGAGGGAUAUCAUAAGUACACUGUUACAUUGGGUCAGAAACAAAGCUUGACUUUUGCAUGGUAAAUGUACAGAUUAGAGAGAAUAGGCAUCGGGAUCUCCCCGUGUGGAGUCUUUGGAUUAUACUGUUUUAAAGCAGCGGUAAACGAAGUUGGUUCCUCACAAAUUAUCCUUGGAAAUGAAAAUUUGAAAAUAAUUGUGUCCAAGUUAUGAGGGCCCCUUUCUGUUAUAAUAGUGAGUCCUUUUCUCAAAACAAAAACAAAACCCAACAGUUGUGUUUCCUGGGCUAGUCUCAUGUAGAAGGAUGUGUGUAUGUUUUUCUCUCCAAGGGCCAGCCUCACUUUUCCAAUUUUCUUCAGCAACCCUACAAUAACAAUUUAAAGAGAAAGAGACAAAACAAUCAAGACCAUGUCCUCUGCUUCUCUGUCCACAGUCAUCUGCCAUUACCUAUAAGUAAGGCUGAAGAAUGAGGUUUUGCCAGGAAUGGCCAGUGUUAACGUAUUUAUUUAGCUGUGCUAUACAAAAUAAGGCUCAGGAUCUGGGCCCAGCUUAGUCCAAGGUGCAAGUUUUUCAUAAUGAAAAUUAGCCCUCAAAAUGUAGCUAUGUUACUACAGAGAAAAUCAUGAUAAUAAAGUCCUUCUGUUGGAGACCAUCAUUAUAACAGGUUUUCAUGUGGUGCUUUCAUUACAGGAUCUCUGCCAAAUGCAGUUAAUGUGAUACAGUCUCCCUCCUGCCCUCUUCCCCGCCAUACCCUCACUGAAUCAUAAAUGGUAUUUAGAGGUUUUUGUGGGGAAUGGGGGUGUUGACAUAGGAGGAGAUAGAGCUCCAAAGAAGCCUUCUAAAUUUUAGUCAACAAGAAAAGGUCAGGAAGAAAAGUUUUGUGUUGUUGAUUUCAGCAUAACAUUUUGAGUGAUAAAAAGGCAGAGAUAACGAUAUGUGAUGACACAUUGACAUCCCAAAGAAAUUGGCUUAGAAAACUGAACUCAUUUGAGUUGAUACAAGCCUUACCAGUGCUUCAUUAUGGUCAAGACUCUGAUUUGGCCCAAUCAGUUAUUUGUUUAAGUGUUCUCGAAGGGCUGUUCUCUCUAAAAUUAUAUUGAAAAUUUUUAAAGUCAUCUCAAAUUUGCAACUUAUAUGUCUCCUAGUUGAAUUAUAGCCUUAAUUACUAAUUUGUAGAACUUUUUUUUUCAAAGCAGAUUAAAUGCCAUUAAGAUGAGUAAUACAAAACAGUGGUUUUGAGAGUGAUUUCAUAGCCCCAGAUAGUGCAAAUAACAUUGACAAGCAAGAUUAUAAAAAUCCAGGCAGGACAAAAAAACUAGUAUUCCACAUUGGCUACCUUUUAAAGGAAAAAAAAAUGGCAUUAAGUUUUCCCCUUUGAAUACCCUUUGAGAUGAUGUGCUUUGAUCUAAUCAUAUGGAUUCUUCAUAGAGAACUUUUUAGUUAUAGCAACUGUUAGUGGGUAACAAUUUUGCAGAUAUGUUUUUAAAAAACACAUUCAGUAAAUGACAUUUUGAAAAGGAUUGUUUCACUUUUAUCCGAUUCUCUUGCCAUCAUGAAGUUUGGGACUUUCUGUAUGUGUAUGCCUAUGCUUUUCUAAAAAAGAAAUUUGAUAUGCAAAUGAUAGACCAAAUUAUUUGAUUAUACCAUCAGUCUGCAUCUCAUUUGUAAUGCUAGCAUUAUCAUGCUUUUGUUUACAUUAUUGAAAUUGCGAUUCUACCAACAAGUUUUAAUUUUCUUCUCUUUUUGUUAAUUUGUAAAAUGUAUUAGUUUUUAUUGCGCUUUACAGGUCCAUAAUGCUUAUGAAUUUUUGCAUAUUGCUCGUAAAUACUCCGUAUUUCAAUAAACCUCGUUCUUUUCUCUUGUUUUUAA